AUGGCCCGCUCCGCGUCCCUGCUCCUCGCCUGCGGCGUUGCGGCCUGCGCUGCCCUGCUGGCCGGCUCCCUCGUGCUGUCCUUCGUCGGCACCUCCCUGGCACCGGCGGGGCUGCGGGCGGGCCAGCGCUCCCCCUCGGUGGAGAUGCAGUUCUUCGGUGGGGAGCCGGUGACGACCACUCCUCCGCCGCCCGCGGGCCUCAGCCUGGGGGACGUGAGCGAGAGCACGUACGUGAUCUCCAUGACCAUCCUCUUUUUUGGCUCGGCCCGGCUCGAAAACUUGACCGUGCCGGCGCCUGAGGGCAGCAUCCAGGGCUCGAUCCCGAGCAGCUUCGGCAGGAAGGCUCCGGACCUGCAUUUCGUCAUGCGAGCUGGCAGGGCGUGGUACCCUUCAGAGUUCCUCCUUUCCUCUGCAUGCUGCACCGCUCAUGCCCAGUGCGGGACCAACGAAGCGCGGCUCUUCGACUCGCUGCUUGCAUGCUCGACGGCGUACGAAAGCGGGGCCGCACCGAUGGGCGCAGCACAAGAGGCCUCCGAGGCGGCCUCCGCCGCCGAGCGGGGGUCGAGCGGAGGGGAGGACGACACGCGGCUGCGGAACGAGUGCGACAUGUACAUCAACCAGCAGGAGAUCGCCGUGUCGAAGUACGAGGCAGAGAUCAAGCUGCGCAUCGACUCGGAGGUGAAAUUGCUGGACAAGACCCGCAAAACGGAGUCCCUCGAGGCGGACCUCGAGGUGGAGCGCCGGGAGCACAGCAGCCUGGCCGUGCAGCUCAAGGAGGAGAUCUCCCUGAAGGAGGUCGCCGUGGCCGAGCUGGAGACUCGGCGUUCGGAGAACAAACAGCUGGAGAAGGAGGUAGCCUCCUACAAGCAGAACUUCCUGGACCAGCAGCAGCAGAAGCUGCGCGCCGACCAGCAGGUUGUCCAGCUGAAGCAGCAGGUGGACCGCAUGACCUCCAAGGUUUCGGAGCUCAAGGAUAACCUCGUGUACGAGAGCGAGCAAGUGCAUCGCCUCACGGAGCAGAAGGAAAUGACGCAGCGCGACAUGCGCAGGCUAGAGCGGCAGGUCGAGGACGACAGUCAGACUAGGAAGGAGCUGGAGAACGACAACAAGAUCACCAAGGAGAAGCUCGAGCACGCCGAGAAGGACUUGUCGACGGUCACGGAGGAGCGCAGGGAACUGCAGAAGCAGCUCAGCGACCUCAACAUGGAGCACAGGACCAGCCAGAUCGAGAGGAAGCGCCAGAAGGAGAUGCUCGAGAGGGCCGAGAGCCAGCUCGAGAAGGUGCAGCGGGAGCACCACGAGCUCCUAGACAACCACCGGCUCCUCACGGUCGAGGUGAAGGCGUUGCGAGACGACGUCGCGAGCAUGGAGGAGAACCUGAAGAAGGAGGCCGACCUGCGAAAGUCUCUGCAGGCCGAUAAGAAGCACCUGCUGGGGUCAAACCAGGUGCUGACGGCGCAGCUCGACAGCUCCAAGAUGGCGGUC